GAUAGCGUUCCAUAUUCAUCAACAUUUACUGUUAGGCUACCUAUCACGAGUCUUGCAUAACAGGAUCAAAAAUGUCAACGGUGGUAGCAAGACGUGUAGCUGCAGUUUGUGGGGUAUUUGUGGGGGAUGCCGCAGCUCAGCCACUUCAUUGGAUCUAUGACCAGAAGAAAUUAGAUGAUAUCAUUGGUCGAAAGGAAGAGGUAGAAUUCUGGCCAACAUCCCACAAUGCAUUCUAUACCCUUAAUACAGGCCAAAAUAGUGGAUACGGGGACCAACCUUACGUUAUUUUAAAAUCUCUUGUCGAAAAUAAAGGUUUAAACAUUACAGCUUUAAAUAAAGCCACGGUAGAUUUUUUUGGCCCAGGUACCGAAUAUGAUAAUCCUAACCGUCCUGGGGAAAAACCCAUUCAGGGUCGUUGGUUACAUAAAUCACUGAUGGAUUUUCUACAGAAUUAUAAAGACGGUAAAUCUGAAACAGGAUCAGCUGAUAAAAGUGCUGAUUGUUGUAUUCGAAUGGUACCGGUUGUAGCUCUAUACGCUGGGCAACCCGAUAUGUUAGAGCGUGUUCGACAAGUUGUCCAGGUUACACAGAAUGACGAGUUGUUGAUUGCGGCAGCUUUGGCCGGAGCUAGGAUUCUAGAAAACUUUAUAUUAAAGGGAAAUAACCCAUCAGCAGUUCAAGAAGUGAUAAUUGAGUUGUGUAAACCCACGCGUAAAUCACCAACUGACCUCGACGAAAAGAUGGUGGAGUGCCUUAAACAAGUAUUAGAAGCAAAGGACUGUCCACAUACAGAAGUCGCUGUUAAAUUCGGACGCAACUGUUAUGUACCGGGUAACUUACAGACUUCACUUCAUGCUAUUACUACAAAUGAUAAUUUCCAAUCAGCUGUGAGAUCGACUAUUAAAGCUGGCGGUUGCAACUCUUCGAGAUCGGGAUAUAUAGGAGCUUGUACAGCCGCUAAGUAUGGUUUAGAAGCAGUUCCUGACGGUUGGAAGACUAAAACAGAUAGAUACCAGGAAGUUUUGAAACUAGCUCAAGAAUUAGUUAAAAUAUCACUUUAAAUCUAGUCUCCAUUGAUAAAAUACAUUGUUUAUUGAUUGAAUCAUAAUACUUUAAUCCUUCUGUUUUUAAAAUAAUAAAGACGUGAAUUUGUUUUCUCUAUCA